CACCUGCCGUUUUACACUUGAGUCCAGAUCCAAAACGGACCGGACCCUGCGAUUUCAAAAAAUUUAAAAUCCUUUUGCUUCGUUCUCCUCCUCCUCCUCUCUCUCUCUCUCUGUCUCCCUCUCUCAUCACCUUCGAACGAGAAAGAACCCUAACCCUAACCCUAAAAUGUAGCCUCUUGACCGUCUUCUUUUUGUUACGGUUUCACAAUCUCGCGAUCAGGAUGUCAGCAAUGGAGCACCUCUUCACUAACAUCUUCGAUCGGAAGCGGUGGAUCGAGGACCAAUUCAAGCACCAGGUCGAUUCUUACGGUCAAUCUCUCGCAUUUAACCUUUUGGCCGAAGGUCAUCGCCCCCCGCCGUGCCUCUUGACCUCGGGAUUUGAUGAGCCCAAAGAGUUCAAUAGAGAACAGAUCCUUUCUAAGAUAUUAGACCCAUUUCCACAUGUUACUGCUCCAGCAUGCUUGUUUAAUGCCAACAGCUUCUUCACCAAAACAUGUGCUUCAAAUAAAUAUAGUGAAGUACAGGCUAAUGAUGAGUUAGUAGCUGCUGACGUCCCUCAAGUCAGCGAGCAUAAUUCUGAGAUGAUAUUACAACCUGAAGUUACUGAGAAUUCUUCCAAGUUAAGUCAACCUACUAAGUCUCGGAUGUCAACAAUAAAGCAUAAGGAACCAUAUAUCCCCCCUUUUAAGAAAGCAAAAACUUUAAGCCCGGUUGUGCAAAAUGCUCAUGAAUUCACUGGUAGAGUGACAAGGUCAAUGUCUACCUGUUCGAGUCAUGACUAUGUCAAAGAUAAAGGUCGAGCCAUUCGAUCAAGAUCUACAAAUCAGAAGUAUCAUUCUGUUGGUCAGACAUCCAAAUUAGCCGAACCUCAAAAAGGUGUCUCUUCAGUGCCAUCUGCAAAUAUCGAUAAUGAUGCACAUAACACUUCUGUAGAAAACGGCCUUUACUUGGAUUCAGCUUUCGCUGCUCCUAACAGUUCUGAGAUAACAAAUUCGCUAACUUCUAGGUUAUCUGCAAUUACCUUAUUGUCAAAAUCAGAGCAGCUUAUUGAUGGAAUUGAGGGACCUCGUCCAAAUGUGAACUCGCUUUCUACUUCUGAAGCAGAAAAUUAUGAAAUGACUGUUUGUCAUCACUCUUUACCUAGUACACAACUACAUGAGGAUAUUUUCUGCCCAUUGAGUACCAUAAGGAGAGUAGAAGCACUGAGUACCAUAAGGAGAGUAGAAGAAGCUGACAGAGAUCCAACUGAAAGUGAAAGUUUGGUGAUGCCUAAAGUGGUGGAUUCCGAAUGUGAUUCUCAUCUAGGCUUGACGGGCUUGUCAUCUUCAAAUGAAACAACAGAUCUUGGUACUUUUAUCAGCAAUGGCACAUGUCACUUGAAUAAGAGAUCAAUUGCUGCUUCUGUUAAGGAAAGUCAGACAGAUUUGGAGUCUUUUCCCACAAAGUUGAAUUCUGCAUUGAAUGAUGGAAUGGUUCCUGAAGGUUCUAAGAGUGCGAACAACAAUUCAAAACUCUGGGAGACUGAGAAGGAGGGUGUCCCUGAUACCGCAAAGACCAUACACCAGAGCAGAGAAAUUGACGUAGUUUCAAAUGAAAUGCCGGAGAAGGGAGCUCAGCUGCCAGGACAGAAAUCUGUGUGCAUAAUCCACCCAGCAUCAUCUUCAGAAGAUUGUUCCACCUUUGAAAAUGUUUUGUCUAACUCAUUACUUGAGAGAACCUGUAUAUUAAACUCCUUGGAUACAUCUGGUCAUACCUCUGCUUUUAGUUGUCUUACCAGGAAAAAUUCGUUCAGGAUUCUGUGUGCAGAGGGAGUGGAAUGUUGUGUUAAGACUAAAGAUGGGCCAAUAGACGUUGCUGUCGCUAAGCAAUCUGAAGACAGGUAUCCUGUGGGAACAGUUCAUGUUCCCUUAAACAGGAUUGAAGAAUGUGAUUCAAGUGAGAACCUUGUUCCUGAAUCUGAUAGAGCCAACAGAGCAUCAGAUGUUGACAAAGAUGUGAGGUCUGACAUAAUUGGAAACCAGGUCCGGGGAUGUCGUCCUCUCAUUCCUGUUGGUGAUGCCAGUGCUUUAUUACCUGCCACAUCACCAUGUAGAGAAAAUGCUGAAACAAUAUGUGGUUCUAGAAAACGGACGGACAUUGAGCACUGUGAUAGACCAGUGUUGUACUCUACAGAAGAAAAUAAAGUGCUUGUGGGAGCUGAAGAAAUUGAAAUUUCCACAAAAGAGAUUUCACAAAAAAUUGCCGGUGAGUCCAUAGUAUCUCCAGAAGCUUUGCAACGUCAGAAUGAGAUGCUGGAAGGUAAAAGGGAUUGUAAUGAAAUGGGAACUGUAAAAGAAAGAAUAACACCAGAUGCUGAAAAAAAGUAUGAAUCAGUGCCAAAAGCUCGGUACUUUUUGAGGAGCUCAGCCAAUAAUGACAAGCAUUAUGCUACACUAAAGUCCAACAGGAUUGAUGAUUCAAGUAGUUUGGAGCAGAACACAUGUGAUAUUACGUGGCCUAAAAGGAAAAAAAUGAAGACUCGCUCAAAUAAUGUGCUUGCUACUUCACCGAGGUCGAAAGUUAAAAAACAGAAGCACAUUUACUGCAUUUGCAGGACAAGUUUAAAUGGUACUUCAGAAUCCUGUAUUGAUUUCCAGCCUUGCAUGCCAUCUUGUGAGCUGGGAGAUAGGUUAUUCGAUGCCGCAUCAGGCCAAUUUGAAGAACAACACCAAAAUAAAAAAUGCCGGGUUGAGGGUGAUCAUGACUUGUCAGGGAAAUGCUGUGUACAAACUCCUUUGUCAAUUAAGCAUACAAAUAGACGUCUUAAUUUGGAUGAUAACUCCAGUGCAAUUGCUCAAUCUACCAUUCUUGAUGCGGAACAGAAUUAUGUUCCUCAAAGCAGACAGGAUGGUUUAGAUAGAUUCGAUCAUAGAAGCCCAAUAAAUUCUGGUGGGUUGGAAGAAUCAGUUGACAUAGGACAGAUGCAUAUCGGAGAGGCAAGCUCAUGUACAUAUGAUUCAGCAUGCUUGACUCAUCAGUAUGACAUCUGUGAGGUUGGUUUGCAGGAGACCAUGCCAGAGUUUGAAGGAUUCAGCAUCAAUGUUUCACCUACUAUGGAGGGUGAUGUUACAUUCAGUGGCUCUGAAAUUCCAAGUCUUUCAAAAGAAAGGGCUUCUUUGCUUGAACAGCUGCACAUAUCAGGAAAUAUUUUAGAGCAGUUGAACUUGAGUGAUUCUCUUCGCAUAGAUGGUAUUGUUUCGGAUCAAUUUAGGACUAUAAAAGAUGAUAAGACAACUGAUCCUUGCUGCAAUUUGAGAUCAGCAUUUGAUGGCUUUUCAUUGAGAUCACAUCCUUACAAUUAUUCAUCUUCAGAUGCUAGAUAUGCACAAGAGGCUAGGAAACCUCCUUUAACACCUCCAGUUGGAAAGCUGCAUCAAAGAAACAUCUUGAGGAAAAGUGUUGCCAGCUCAGAGGAACAGGGUUCUAACCCUGAGCUUGUGUGUUUCCGAAUUGACGAGAAUUCUACAACUACUGCAGAAGAACCUGCUUCUGAACAGGUGUUUGGUUCAAAAGAGGUCCAGACAUCGACAAAGAGAACAGCACUUGCUGAUGUAACUUCAAUGUAUCAGAACAUGCCAACUUCAGUUUCUUUGUGCAGGAAGUAUCUAGAAAGAGCUAGUCUAGAUUCUUCUUCCAUAGCACCUCUAGUGGAUAUUAAUUAUACGGAGAAUGAGAGACUUCCAUUAACUCGAAGUGUUGUGGAAAAUUCUGCUAGUUCUAUCUGUAGUUGGGUCAGUAACCCAGAUAGAUCUGGAAAAGCGAAUGAGAAAAAUAGAGGUAACACUGUUUCUGAAAAGCAGGGUAAGCCCGACAACAUUGUAUCUAAUGUAUCUUCUUUCAUACCGCUCGUUCGUGAAAAGCAACAGAAAGCAGCUCCUGAGAUGGGAAAGAGGGACAUCAAAAUUAAAGCACUAGAGGCUGCUGAAGCAGCAAAGCGUCUUGAGGAAAAAAGACAAUAUGAGCGUGAAAUGAAGAAAGCAGCAGCCAAACUUGAGAGGAUAAGAUCAGAACAGGAAAACAUGCGGCAGUUGGAACUAAAGAAAAAGCAGGAAGAUGAACUAAAGAAGAAAAAGGAAGCAGCAAUUGAAGCAAGGAAAAGGCAAAGAGAAAUGGAAAAAAAUGAGAAAGAAAGGAAGAGGCGAUGCACUGAAGAAGCGCGUAAACAACAAAGAAUUGUUGAAAGGCUACGUGUAGAGAAAGGCAAUAAAGAACUGCAAGAUAAAAAUGCAAAUGGGAAGAAACGCAAGGGAAAGGAGUUGGCAAUAAAAGCAAAGAAGCCACAUUUAGUAAAAGGAAGAGAAGUUCCUACUUAUAGGAACACCUCAGAAGCAGAACCAAGCAUCUCCAAGGUUGUGUGUGGGGACUCUUUAAAGGUCAAUACUUCUAGGGAACUGCAUGGUGAUUGUCUCGAAACAUAUGAUUCAAAUAAGGUUGUUAACAAUUCAUAUGAAUCGCAAACAACAAUUCAAGAUCGCAUGUCUGUGACCACACAAAGUCAAGGUUUACAAUCAUAUGAUAUCACUCCAUACAAAGACUCAGAUGACGAAGACGGAGAUGAAGAUUACAGGCGUAACAUGAAACACGUUCCUCCAUGGGCAAGGAAACAAUCCUUAAAUCAAAUUUUACUCUCCAACCGCCACUUGGACCCAGCUGAAAUAUUCGCACGGAAGAAUUCUUUUGAUCUCAAUGAAGUUUUGCAUCAAAGACAUCGAUGACCUGUGGCAUAAAGAUGGCAAGUGUUGCACACAGGCACUUUCAACAGAUUGUUGAUGGUCUACAUCCAUUAUUACUUUUUGAUUUUAGAAAGGCAAGAAACACUCACGAUGCUCAAGAGCUUCAUUUGGUGGAAUAUUGUCCCAUCUGGCAUGAACCUGGAAUAAAUGAAACAGUCCCAAAAUGAUUUUUCAGUGAAUUCAUAUGAGCGGUUCGUGUUGAUUCCCCAGGCAAACUUUGUGUCUCUGUAAAUAUCUAAAUGGGUUUUUCUAGUUUUCAUUGAUAUGUCUGAUCAUUUCUGUUUUAUGAAUAUCUAUAUUUCAUCAUUGGAUUUGUAUUACAUUCCUACUCAGAGUUGAGAGAUUGGGGAUAACAAGUUGAAUUCAGUAA